AUGGUUGUAUUACCAGUUUUGUUCCUGUUGGGGUCGCAGUUCCUCUGCAGUCGUGGGAACUAUGUGCCCACCAGCAUUGAGCUGCUGACUCAGGCUGCUCUGCAAUUGAAGGAGCCUCUGCAAUGCAACAAGUGGGACUGCAACUGUGCCUUCCAGCACCAGCGCGGCUGCUGCUGUGCAGCCAAUCAGAUGUUCCAAUUAGAAGAGAGUAUCUACGAGAGGAUGAAACAUUUGUGGGACGGCAUCAUCUCGCUGAAAAACAAAGUGCAAAAGCUCACAGAAUACACCCAGAUUUCUUUCAAAGCCACCAUGGGACCAAUUCCUGGUAACACUUCACCUUGUUUCGGUCCUUUCAAUACCAAUGUGCCAAUCCCCUACACCAACGUCAGCCUUAACGAUGCCAAUGGAUACAACCCUUCAUUGGGUAUCUUCACUGCCCCUUGUGCCGGUGUUUAUGUCUUCUCCUUCACGGUCUACUCAUACGUCGGGAAGGAUAUGCUCCUCUACCAUAAAGUCCAGCUGAUGAAGAAUGGAGCGCCGUUGGUUGGUGUGUGGGAGAACAACAGAGAAGAUUUUGAAGACAACGCCAAUCAGGUGGUGGUGCUGACGCUGCAGAGAGGCGAUCAGGUCUACACGGAGCUCGUAAUCGGGAGGAGGCUCUGUGAAUACCUGCAGUACAAUAUCUUUACCGGCUACAUGCUGUACCCCAACAACGAUGAGUACGGCUACUAA